UUGUGCUCGCUGAGCUGAACAAGUGCUACGAGUCGUAGAGCUGCCGCAUUGGAGAAGCUGUCCAGCGUCCUGCACUGACUCCAGACACACACACACACACCAUGUUGCUGCGAGCUGCUUUCCUGCUCUUUGCUGGGAUUGUACUAAUCAGCUAUGUCUCUGCACAAAGAAUCAGAGUCAGAAGGCAGAACAUGAAGGUGAAAAUCAAUGCCACCGGUGACACCAUCGUGCUGAAGUUCGUCCGCCCCAGUCCCGACGUCAAGCUGGAGGGCUACAUCCUGGGCUACGGAAGCAGCAUGUUCUCCAAACAGUUCAUCCAGCUGCCUGAAGAUGGGCAGCCGUACGAGACGGAGAUAGAUGCGGAGCCCAAGUACUUGAUUGCCGUUCAGCCCAUUCCAACCAAUGAUGUGAAAAAGCAAUGCAGAGGCAAAGUUAACUUGGAGAAGCCCCUCCAUUUGAUCAUUGGCACAGUAACCCCUACAUCAGUGCUGCUGUCCUGGGGAACCUUGCUGAAGACACCUUAUGAAGAAAGUGUCAUGAGUGAUUGCCUGGAGGAUGGGCAUUACACUGUCAGAUACAGAGAAAGGAGCCGGAAGUGGAACUAUCAGACCUGCCCCACGAGUGACACCGUGAUCGACAACCUGAAACCAAACACUCAGUACGAGUUUGGUGUUCGGCCAAACAAGGACGAGCGUGUGGGUACUUGGAGCAAAUCAGUCGUACACUCAACCAACAAGGAAGACAAAAGUGUCCAGAAACCAUAUAAACACAAGAAGCCAGUGAAGCCAAUAAAUUCCGAACCUCGAUCAAACUUCACCCCUAAUGUCCUGCAGAACAGGACCCAGACCACAGUAACUACCAAAGCGAACCCAGCCCUUCCUGGAGACUCCAAGACACCCUUUGCACCACCUGCAGGCCACCCAGAAAGCCCCCCAGUCACAAGAAUGGCUGUGCCUCAUUGGCCACAGUUGCCCCAGGGAAGAACAAACAAUGCUAGAAAUGUCUCAUCCCAUUCUGAGAGCAUGCAUCCCACUUCCCCCCGCCUCCUGCCCACGAAACCCCCCAUUACAACCAUCACCUCUGUCCCCACACGUUUUCCAAGUGAAAAGCAAAGAGCGCAGCCCCGGGCACCAAGUCCCAAACCAACCCAGAAGUCCUACAGUCCAUCGGCUGUUGGCGAUUCAUGGGAGGGACUCCCUCUGGACAAACCUGCCCCCACCAGUGGGACACCCACAGAUUAUAGCUGGGGUAAAAAUGUGCUGAGAAACGUGACCUCAUCCACGGCACGUGUCCCUUCAAGCUUGGCCGUUACCGUGGCAGCCAGAAACCUGAUGUCUCCAGACGGGGACAUUCUUUUCUCGCCCUCUAACAGCAUGAGGCAACAUUUCCCACCCAGGCCGACUAAUUCUUCCCAGACUAUGAGGACACAAGGGGGAUUUUCACCUUUUCCUCCAACAGUUAAUGGUGAGGAGUAUAUAGGAGCCUCUCAUCCCAAACCUAUCAUGUGGUCCAGAUUGCGACCGGCAAACAACUCCUUGUUGGAAGACAUAAAGCCUGAGGUCCAAGAUGUUAUUGGGUGGUCAGAGCCAUCACUUGGAGAUCCUCUCUAUGGAAGCCCUGCUCAGCGCCCCCCAAACGCAGCCAACAAGAAACCCAAACUGUACGGAAAGCCUGGGGAUAAGGCAGGGAAAGCAAAUGACCUGAAGCAAAUGGAAAUGACAUCAGUUAUGAAACCCAACCUGCCACCUGCCACACCAAAGCCCACCAAACAAGACCGGAAAUACACGAUGACGACAGCAACAGCCACCCAGGUGGUCAAUGUGACCCGGUUCGACAUCUGGGACAACUCAUCUGUGUUCAGCUCUCGCCCAGCAUCAGACGUGGAUGCAAUGGGGAAGAAGCGAUUUGUGGCCCCUCAUGUGAUCUACAAGACGGACAAGAAGCCAGACGAACCCUGCUCCAUCACAUCUUCCCUCAGCUACUUCUCUGAUGAGGAGACUGUGGAGCAGAAUGUGACAAGUCCUCCUAGACUGCCACCCUCCAACCUCACUGUGGUCACUGUUGAAGGGUGCUCCUCUUUCAUCAUCCUGGACUGGGAAAAGAGUGACAAUGAAACCACAGAAUAUGAAGUGAUCUCUAGAACAAAAGGCCCAGAUGGUGAGGAAGUCUCAAUACUGACCACCAACCAGACGCACACAGCUGUGGAGAACCUCAAACCAGAGAGCAGCUAUGAGUUCAAAGUGAAACCAAAGAACGAGCUGGGAGAAGGCCCAGCUACUGACCCGGUGUCAUUCAGCACGGAGUCAGCGGAUCCCAGAGUAAGCGAGAAUGUCUCAGGAAAAGAUGCCAUCUGGACUCAGUUUCCAUUCAAGUCGGAUUCCUACUCUGAGUGCAAUGGAAAACAGUAUGUGAAGAGGACAUGGUAUCGCAAGUUUGUCGGCAUCCAGCUCUGCAACUCCCUGAGAUACAAAGUCUAUCUGAGCGACUCCCUCAAUGGAAAGUUCUACAACAUUGGGGACCAGACAGGUCAUGGUGAGGAUCACUGUCAGUUUGUGGACUCCUUCCUUGAUGGUCGGACAGGCAGCCAGCUUCUAGCUGACCAGCUUCCUUCCAGAUCUGGAUAUUACCGAGCAAUGCGCCAAGAGCCAGUCAACUUUGGCCAGAUAGGAGGCAACUCCCACAUCACUUAUGUGUCAUGGUAUGAGUGUGGAAUACCCAUACCUGGGAAGUGGUAAGAACUGCAGGUGUUCCAUGGAGAUGGCUUUGAGGAGUACCUCACUUGAGAGAGUACUUGGGUUGGUGGUCUUGCAGCUGCCCGAAACUGGUACGGUCAUACGCCUCCAUGCAUGUAUAGAAGUGUACAGAAAUUAAACUUCAAGGACUUGUGUUACAGCUACUUAGUCACAUUAUUUAUCAGACGUUGACAAAUGACCAAAUGAAAUGCAAGACAAAAGUUACUUUGUAAGAAUUGUGAAAUGUCAGAUGUAGGUAGGUAAUUUAAAAAAAUAUGGGGAAGCUGGCUCCCUGAUAGUUUUGCUAACUUGUAUAUUAUUUAUCAAACAGAUGUAAUUAAAUAUUCCUUGUGGUAACCUGCCAGAGAGGUAGAAAGAGGUGGUUUACUUUACAGUGGCUUCUUUGGAAGAGAAUGGAUGAAUACAAACGAGUGUGGUUGUUCACAAACCAGGAGCGGAAGCCACUUCACACAAACUUCAAUUCAGACCAAAAACAAACACGCAUUCAUAUAUCUGUUAGAUCCAGUUGCAGCUUUUAUAAAAGUUUGGCCAACCCUGGUCCUCACAAGCUACAAACAGUUAAUAAUAGUAGUACAAAUAUGUAUCAACCAAGGGGUGAGUGUCUAGACUAUUAUAUCAACAAAUCAUUUAAGAGCUAAGGUACAACGAAGGCCAACAGAGAAUUUGGUUUUUGUGGGUUAAUAACUUGUUUUAAUGUGUCACACAAGGACACAUACUACAAAUUCACAUUAGAUGUGCAAGAACAGAUCUGUAAGACCCCCAGUCAGACCCCCACAGGAAUAUCAAACCUGCGCUGCAUGCUGACACACACACACACACACACACACACACACACACACACACAGCAGAACCUCCUACAAUUUCAACAUACCGCGUUUGUUUUGGCCUGCUCUGUCUUUUCAGACUAGGAGGUUUUACAGUUGUAAUUUGCACAAUUUAAAUCUAUUUAUAUGUAUAUGGUGUGAACAUAGCAUUCUCCAACACAUUUUCAGGGGGCAAGGAGAACCAACCUUUGAAGCCGGUGAUCCACCUUUAAAAAGUGUCUCUAUGCAUUUGUCCUCCCAUCCAACACAGCACCUGUGCAUAUGUCUUAAAUAUAUGUAGGAGCGGAGUAAAAACAACAGAUGAUUAUACUUUGCUAUCAGGGUUCUAUAUUUUGUACAGAAAUACUCGUGAUCAGUUACAAGAAUUUUGAUUUUUAUGGAAUGUGUCACAACGAAAUAUACGUUUUUGUUUUUGACAUGUAUUAUCAUUCAUUUUGUAUAUGUAAUUACAAUAAAAACUUCCUUUGUGUCUCUUUUUGUAAAUUCUUUUUUCCUCCUCUUCAAUUCAACUACUAGAAAAGGAACUGACCAAAGGUCUCUUCACAUUUCAAACCAUUUAAAUGAAUUUAAUCAUAAAUGAAAGCUGAAUAUUUGGACUGUGAAUAUUUAGACUGUAUUUAGACAAAAAUAAACAGUUUCUUUGGAAUGUGUAGGAACACCUACUGACCUGGAGCUAAAGACAAACAUCAGUCAACAGCAGCAACACCGACGGACUUAACCCAUUUACAGUAUACACAUUCCUGCAACCUUUAAACAACAACCUUAUCUAAUAUGAAAAUAAUCAAAUGCAUACUUCAUAUUUAUGAAGCCAU